AUGAAAAAGGGGGAGGGAUCGCCCGUGAGUCUGACUGACAGUUUACAUAAUGAGCUUGCGAGGACAAGAGGCAACUAUAUAAACAGCUCGAAGGGAAGCAAGUUUUCCAUUUACUGAGCGCUGUUAGCUCCGGUGAAGGAGGAGCGGUUCAACACUAAACACUCCCCCUGUGCGUCUCUCACCAAAUCCACUCGGCUUUGGAGUUUAUAAAGGCGACUAAAGCAAUCAGAGUUUGCUCGUUGGCUGCAGGAUUAAUUCCCAGAGGGGGAUGGUUUAAACACCUGGAUUAUACCUUCCAUUUUCUGCCGGUGCUUGAGGAAUAAUUGGAAGGACAGGGUGUUCUAGCUGAAUUGCUGUGACGACUUUUUGUCUCAAGGAAGAAGCAUUUACUUGGACCAAUUGAGGAAUAUCGGAGGAAAAUUAAACCCAAUUCCCAGUAAAAGUGUGAAGCCUUGAAUAACAGGAGGAUGGCAGCUUUGCGCAUCUUUGGCUUGACGUUUCUGUUAAUGAUUUUGCAGCAGAGGGUGUCCGGCUCUGGCGUCUUCCAACUGGAGCUGCACGAGUUUGCGAAUAGCCAGGGGUCCCUGGCUAGCGGAAAACCGUGUUCGCCCCACUGUAGGACCUUCUUUCGCGUCUGUCUGAAGCAUUUUCAGGCAGUGGUCUCUCCGGGUUCCUGUACUUUCGGGAGCAUCGUCACACCAGUCCUGGGAGUAAACUCCUUCAGCGUCAAAGAAACAGAGAGAUUUGGAAGCCCCAUUAAGUUACCCUUCAACUUCACGUGGCCGGGAACUUUCUCACUGAUCAUUGAAGCCUGGCAUGCUCCUGCAAAUUACCUUCCAGAAGGUUCUCGGGCCCCGGCCAAGGAGUGGCUGAUCAGUCAGGUGUCGAUCCGGCGGCCGCUGGCGGUGGGCGAGAACUGGUCCCAGGACGAGCAGAGCAGCUCGCAGACCCAGCUGCGGUUCUCCUACCGGGUGAUCUGCAGCGAGCACUACUACGGGGACAGCUGCUCCCGCCUCUGCAAGCGCCGCAACGACACCUUCGGCCACUACGUGUGCGAGCCGGACGGCAGCGUGGCCUGCCUACCGGGCUGGACCGGCGAGUACUGCACCGAGCCCAUCUGUCUGUCUGGUUGUACUGAGCAAAAUGGAUAUUGCAACAAGCCAGGAGAGUGCAUCUGUCGUCCUGGCUGGCAAGGCCGUUAUUGUGAUGAGUGCAUUCCUCAUAUAGGCUGCCGCCACGGGACUUGUAAAACACAGUGGCAGUGCAUAUGUGAUGAAGGCUGGGGUGGCCUCUUCUGUGACCAAGAUCUCAACUACUGCACCCACCACAAACCAUGCAAAAAUGGAGCUACUUGUCUGAACACUGGCCAAGGCAGUUACACAUGUUCAUGCAAACCUGGUUUCACUGGUGUUGACUGUGAACAUGAAAUCAGCGAGUGUGACAGCAACCCCUGUAGGAAUGGUGGUAGUUGCACGGAUAUGGAGAAUGGCUACCAUUGCCUAUGCCCCCCUGGAUACUAUGGUGCUCACUGUGAGCAUAGUGCCUUGACUUGUGUUGACUCACCUUGUUUUAAUGGUGGCACAUGCUUGGAAAAGGACCAAGGGGCCAGCUACACUUGCCGUUGCCCUCUCGGCUUUACAGGAUCUAACUGUGAAAAGAAAGUGGAUAGAUGCACAAGCAACCCUUGCGCAAAUGGUGGUCAUUGCUUUGAUUUGGGUCAACUCCGUGUGUGUCGCUGCCGUGCUGGUUUCUCUGGUCAGAAAUGUGAGAUAAACAUCAAUGAGUGUGCCAGGAAUCCAUGUUCUAAUGGGGGCUCUUGUCAUGACCUGAUCAAUGACUAUACCUGCACCUGCUUGCCAGGCUACACAGGCAGGAACUGUGACAUUAAAACCAGAGAUGAAUGUGCUUCUGGGCCAUGCCAGAAUGGGGCCACGUGCUAUGAUGGACUUUAUAAUGCUAACUUUCUUUGUAACUGUCCUUAUGGCUUCAUGGGCAGCCGUUGUGAGUUCCCGGUUUAUACAGUGCCCGUUCCAUAUCCUCCUAAACCUGUUCCCUGGAUAGCUAUAUCCAUGGGUGUGGGACUGGUGGCUUUGCUUGUAUUAUUCUGCAUGAUAGCUAUGGUCAUCAGACAGAUGCGGAGGCACCCAGAGCAGGACUUGGAGACAAUGAACAAUCUGUCUGAUUUCCAGAAGGACAACCUUAUUCCAGCUUCCCAGCUCAAAAACACCAAUAAAAAUAAAGACCUAGAGGUGGACUGUGGGCUGGAAAAAUCAAACUACAAACCUAAGAACCAUAUAUUGGACUAUAACCUGGUAAAGGAUCUGCCAAGCAGAGGGACACAGGAAGAUAAAUAUUAUAAAAGUGAAAAGUGUUUAGGAGAGAAGCCUCCCCUCCGAUUAUAUAGUGAAAAGCCAGAAUGUAGGAUAUCAGCAAUAUGCUCUCCAAGGGAUUCUAUGUACCAGUCUGUCUUUGUGAUAACAGAGGAGCGGAAUGAGUGCGUCAUAGCCACCGAGGUAUAAAACUGAAGGGUCAGUUUGUAUGCACCUCAGAUUUGGUGAUGCCAGGAGAUGGACGUUUCUGUUGCAUUGUUUACAAUUCAGAACUGGAUUGGAUUUUUUUUAAUUAUAUGCAACUUGCUGCUCUCAGGAGGAGGCUGGAACUGGGUGAACUGGACAGACUGUGAAUUUACCGAAAGAUGCAAUACACCUUUUUGUUUUUAGUGCCCUUGUUUGACAUUUGAUACAAGGAAUUUAAUUGGCUAUAGAAAAGAGAGGGGCAGAGGAGAGAAGAAUGAAAAAACUGUUGUUUGACUAGCUUUUUAAAUGAUAUUGAGGCCAGUUCCUCAUGGACAGACCUGUGACUUUCCAAACUCUAACUCUGAGAGAUUCCAGUUGGAGCAGAAGGCACUUGACUAUCACUUAUAUGUGCAGAUGUUGCCGUGGGAAACACGCAUGAAGAAAAAGAUACAUUGCUAUGCAGAUAUUGGAUACAGAAUAAAUAAGAUCUCAAUUUUUUUCUUAGGUUUAAAAGUGCCUAAAGUGUGUCAGAAUCUAGGGAGCUCAAACAGACUUGACUGCCUUCUUUUGCAGUACCUGACCAGUAUUGGGCAGGGGUGGUUGACACUUCCUGCUGCUCAUUUAUUUACAUCAUCUUGGCUCCAGCUGCAUUUAUUUCAGGCAAUUUAACGGGUAUGGGGAAGAGGGAUACUGAAUUUAUGUUUCUCUCAUUUGAUGUUGCUUUGGAGAACUUUGGACUUGAGCAGUAAUUUGGGACACAAUUCCAUCCCUGAAAUGAUAGCGGACUCUUCCCAAUUUAAACUGCUGAGAAGGGGGUUGUGUAAUGAAUGUUUGUUGCCUCUUUCCCCUCGGUAUGAGGAGAGACAUAAUACCAGCCCUAACUGAAAGCCUUACAAAUGCGUUUAAACUCAAUCAGCUACUGGAACCUACACAUGCUGAGCUAUCUCAGCUCUUUUUAUGCCCUUUGCACUACCAAUGAUUGUGAAUAGAAGUGAAGUUUUUCUUUUGACAGUUUUUUUUUUUUUUUUUUUUUUUUGGUUCAAGGACUUGGGAUUUUGUGUUUUGAUUCUGAAUCAGGUGCCACCUUCAACUGCAAAUAGUCUCAAAGUCCUAGUUGUUACUUUUCAAAGAAGGGGGAGGGGUUUAUUUCCCUAUCCUUUACUUCCCUGUUGUAGAAACCACCUCUCUUCCCCUACACAUACAGUCCUUUCACCCCUGUUCCAAAUGCGCAACAGAGAAGCAGCAUCUGAGAGGCCCUCUUUAAGGACAGACUCAGAAUAUAAUUUGAAGGCUCUAGGCUUGUCCUCUUUGUUUCUCUCCCGCCCACAGCAACAGGGAAAUGGGGAAGCUACUCCUUGAAUGCAGAGGUGCAGUUCUGAACUGGUAGGUUCAGUGCACAUAGACUAUCUUAUAUAUACAUUUACAGCAAUAAUAUUUGACAGCCAAGUGGAAAGUGCUGUGACAUACUGUAGUGAUAAGAAAACUGCAAGGUGGGGCGGAAUGGGGAGGGAGGAAACAAGAUCUCAUACAAGGAAACCUGGGACUAUGCUAUCUACUACUGUUCCUGACCUUGUAAAUCCUAGUAUUGGACUAGACCAUCUGCUGCCUUGAACUGUGCAGGCAAGGUCCCGUCCUAAUGUCCACUACUGACCUUCUGCUCUGACCACAGAGAUCAUUUUGAAGAUGACCUUCAGAAAUCAAUAAUAUGGAUUUUAGUUUGUCUGUUUGUAGUUUAUUUUGAAGUCUCGUAUUUCAGUAAUUUAAAAAAUCAGAAGCACUGAACUUUCUACGUUUUAUAACAUUAUUUUGUAUAUAAUGUAUAUUUAUAAUCAAACCAGAAGUGUAAAUAUGUUUAUUACUUCUCAUGUAAUGUUUUUAAUGUGAUAAAGUUUGAAUUUUAUUUUUUUUUUCAAACAAUGAAAAUACCUUCCUGCUAC